AUGGGACAGCUCAUAUUCAAUAUGUCGGAGGAACACCAUGCUGACAUGUACAGAUUGGACUUACCCAAUCCUGACACACUCUCAGCCAAGCUUCAUUGUUGGAGAAUCAAGUGGAAACACAGAGGGAAAGAUAUAGAGCUUCCAUCCACCAUUUAUGGAGCCCUUAAUCUGCUUGACAUCAAGUUUUUUCCUAAUGUUUAUGCUUUGUUGAAGGUCUUAAGCUUUCUUCCUGUGGUGAAGGUUGAGAGUGAAUGCUAUGAAAAUGAACGAAAGCACCUCAAAGCAUACCUCAGGAACACUUUGACAGACCAAACUUUGCUUAAUAUAAAUUUUGAUAUAAAACAUGAUCUGGAUUUGAUGGUGGACACAUAAACUCUGUACAACUAAGUCAGAGCUUCCUACAGGUAGUUCAGAACCAUUGAAAAUACU